AUGCGGUUAAUCCUGUUGUUACUUAUUGUGGGUGUUUGUUUGGUGAGUGCGAAAUACUUACCUGAUAAUACAGAUAGUUUUAAGCAGUUACUGAGCCGUCAUACGAGAUCUGAUUCAGAAGAUUCCCUUGAUGAAUCCAAUAGUAAUGCUACUGAAGACAUGUCUGAUGAAGAGUCCAAUGAACAAUCUAAAUUAAAUGCAAGAAUAGAAAAGAUGCGACACAAAUUAUUAGAAAAACAAGAAAAAGAAAAGCGUAAACAAGAAGAAGCGCAACGAAAACUUGAAGAAAAAAUUGAGAGAGAAUUGAAAAAAGAAGAAGAAAAACGACUGAAAGAGGAAGAAAAACGGCAAAAAGAGGAACGUAAACGAGAAGAAAGAUUAGAAAAGGAAAGAAAAAAACUUGAAGAAGAGCAACGAAAACUUGAAGAAAAAGUUCUUAAAAAUGAACAAGAACGACAAAAGAUAUUAAAAAAGGAGUUAGAGGAAUCGGAAGUAGAUACACUUAAAUUGCAAUGGGAUGACAAUAAUUCCUCAGAGUCAGAUACAGAUGACUCAACAGAGUUAGAAGAUUUCUGGAAGAAAUAUAUUUAUUCUAAAUACGGACUUAAUGACAGUAAUACAGAUUUGGAUAAGGAGACAGCUUUGAAAAGUUGUCAAAUCGUACCCGAAAAGGUCCUACCAACAGAUAUUGCAAUUCCCGUUGAACAGGGUGCAUUAGUGAUAGAUAUCGCUAAACAA